UCGGAAUCUAUCCCUUCCAAAAACAAAUAAAAGACACUAGAAAUCAAAGCUUGCCACUCCUCUGUCUCAAAGUUGUGCUCUGCCUCUCUCCCAGACAGAGAACACGAAAAAGCCCAUAUCAAACCUGGAUAUCAUAAAACAUUAACAAAGAAGAAUGGAAACGGAGGCUCAAAGGCCCACACUCCCACAAAACCAAUCUCACACCAAACCCCUCUCUCGCCUCAACUCCUACGUAGCCAACACCAGAGCAGGCAAAUGGUUCAAGCUCUCACAGCGCAACACCACCUUCACCACCGAGCUCCGAGCCGGCACCGCCACCUUCCUCACCAUGGCUUACAUCCUCGCCGUCAACGCCUCCAUCUUAACCGACUCCGGUGGCACUUGCUCUGUCUCCGAUUGUGUCCAACUCUGCUCUGACCCUUCCAUAGCGCUCUCUGCCUGCACAGGCCCAUUACUUACGGUCAAACAACCCGACGAAUCCUGCAAGUUCGACCCGGUUAACCCUGGCUACACCGCCUGCCUCGACAGAACGCGCAAAGACUUGAUCGUCGCCACCGUAGCCUCCUCCCUCAUUGGCUGCUUCAUCAUGGGCGCUUUCGCCAAUCUUCCUUUGGGCCUCGCGCCGGGCAUGGGCACCAACGCUUAUUUCGCUUACACCGUCGUCGGAUUCCACGGUUCCGGCAGCAUCUCCUACCAGAACGCCCUCGCCGCCGUCUUCAUCGAAGGUUUAAUCUUCUUUCUCAUUUCAGCAGUCGGUCUACGCGCCAAACUCGCCAAGCUCGUGCCCAAGCCCGUCAGGAUCAGCUCCUCCGCUGGAAUUGGGCUUUUUCUCGCUUUCAUCGGGCUUCAAAAUAACCAAGGGAUCGGGCUGAUCGGGUAUAGCUCGUCCACCCUGGUCACCCUCGGAGCCUGCCCAAGCUCCUCGCGGGCUUCUGUCGCUCCCGUUGUAACGGCCGCUAACGGCACGAUCAGCUUGCUCCAAGGUGGAACCGUUUCGGGCGAUAUUCUAUGCCUCAGCGGUAGAAUGGAAAGCCCGACGUUUUGGCUGGGCCUGGUGGGCUUCGUUAUCAUCGCUUACUGUCUAGUGAAAAACAUUAAAGGCGCCAUGAUAUACGGCAUCGUUUUCGUUACCGCGGUGUCGUGGUUCCGUAACACAAAAGUAACGGCGUUUCCGAACACCGAUUCGGGUAAUUCGGCUCACGAGUAUUUCAAGAAGGUAGUUGACAUACACACUAUAAAGAGCACCGCAGGGGCAUUGAGCUUCAAGAACAUAGGAAAGGGCUUUUUCUGGGAAGCUCUGGUGACGUUCUUGUACGUCGACAUUCUCGACACGACAGGAACGUUGUACUCCAUGGCGCGCUUCGCUGGUUUCACGGACGACAACGGGGAUUUCGAGGGACAAUAUUUCGCGUUCAUGUCCGAUGCCACUUCGAUCGUUGUCGGUUCCCUGCUGGGGACUUCGCCGGUGACGGCGUUCAUUGAGUCGUCGACGGGGAUCCGAGAGGGUGGCCGGACUGGGAUCACGGCGCUGACGGUGGCGGCGUAUUUCUUCCUGGCGUUCUUCUUCACGCCGUUGCUGGCGUCGAUACCGGCGUGGGCGGUUGGGCCGCCGUUGAUAUUGGUGGGGGUGUUGAUGAUGAGAUCGGUGGUUGAGAUUGAUUGGGAUGACAUGAGGCAAGCAAUACCGGCGUUUGUGACGCUGAUAUUGAUGCCUUUGACGUAUUCCAUUGCUUAUGGGCUUAUAGGUGGGAUUGGGACUUACAUUGUGUUGAACCUUUGGGAUUGGGGGUGGCAGCUUUUGGGGCACUAUGGGUUUGUGAAAACAACAAAUAAUUCCCAGGUCAAUGGGGUACUUCAAAAUCAACAUCGUCCACAAAGUCCAACUGUUAAACCACAACAAGUAGAUGUUUAGUCCGGGGGGUAAGUAGUUCAAAUAUUAAUGUGGCCUUUUUCUUAUUCAUACAUCAAUUUCACAAGUUUGAACUUUUUUUAGGGAUACAAUUUAUGCCAGUGUGAAUACAUAUGAGAUGUC